CGGGCUGCUUUGGUUACGACUCAACUUUGUUUUAUUAUUGUUUUUUGCUAGUUAUUCAUCGUCUUCACACAAAUGUAAAGUCGGCGUUUGGAGGCUAGAACUCGUCAUCGGUUAAAUUGUACACAAUAUCACGAAUAAUCCGUGUGUUGGUGCAGUUGUCUGCAUAUUGCCAGUAAUAUCUGAGUCCCUCCGCUGAAGUGGAGCCUGAGACCGUAUUCGCGGACAUUUUCGAGGCUGUAAGCUGCAGCUGGGGGUCGGCAGAUAGACGCCAAGGGAAAGCUAAUGGGGAAAGUUAGAUGAAUAGGCCCAUGCUUCAUGUGAUGAGCCCUUGUGUUGCUGAGUCACAGACAUGGAAAGCUUCCGAAAUCUAGAGGAUGAGACAUUUCCCAGCUUCCUCUCUAACACAUCUUUGGGCAGCAAUGGCCGGGUCACUCUGGGUGACGUUACACUGGGCUCCACUCUUGGGGUCCCCAUGGCUGCUUCUACUGUGGCUAAAAGUAGAGCUACCGUAGACAACAGGUUAUCUGAUGUUCAAGCAUCUUACAUAGAGCCGGGACCACUUUCUCUAGCAGGUACUCAAGGUAAAGAUUGCAAGAGGGAAAGAUUUGCUCUCAGCUUCAAAGAUGAUUUGGACAACGCGGAUGAUUUUAUAGCUGCUAAUCGUUUUUCUGACCUGUUAGUGAAGGUUAAUUUGGAUGAGUCAGAAUCUGUGUCUACAUCUAAAGCCUCAGCUGCAGUGAAUGUGUGGGCUCCCUCUGCAUCUGCCCGGCCCUCUGAUUACCCUGAUGAUAUUUCCACUGGUCUGUUGACAGUUUCUCAUAUUGGAGGUAAAGAACCCAUCGCUGGUCAGGCUGUGUUGGCUCCAAUACCCAUAGAAGAAGAGGGUCCUGAAAGCGAGGCAGUUGACAGUGAUGGCAUGAGUGGCAGUGUUGCAAGCUUCCUGGCUAAUGAGAAGCUCAUGUCACUUGACAGCAUGAACAGUGACAUUACAGAUGACGAUAUUGAUGAGGAGGACUUGCAUGAUGAGGAGCUACAGCUGUAUUUCAAAAAACUCAUUCCCCCAGCUACACAGAGAGGUCGAGUGGAGGGCCAGGAGAUCCCAGCUGCUGAAGAUUUUUGCAUGCCUGAUGUACGGCUGGCCGCCACAGGUAUGGAUUCAUGUCCUGCUAGUGAUGAAGACACUGAGGAUGAACUGGAAGCUGCACAAAACCGUAGUAGAACUCGAUUUUUGUUGCCAAGCACCUCCAGACAACUGGUUGGGGAAAGCCAUCAGCCUCAUUUUAGGCCAGGCCUGGAAGGGGGAAGCUCAGAUGAGGAGUCUAAGCCAGGUGCUCAAUUUACAGACUCCAGGACAGGAAUUGAGCAUCGGUGCUCUGCUGAGGGACAAGUGAUUGACUUGCCAAUAACGGGAGAUGGUGGAGGGGGUGAUGGGAGCAGUGGCAGUGAGGAAGAUGGAAAUAAUGGGGUUGUCUCUGCAGUUCCUCCACCCACUGGUGUUCAGACCACAUAUGAUGUGCUACGUGGUCUGGGAAUUGUGGGAGGAAGCGGAACAGGCGAGGAUGAACAUCGGCUCCUCUCGCAGCUCCCUGGAUUAGACCGAUUCGUCUCAAAUGGGCAGAGCCAGAUGGGAGACCGUGUGGGCCCAGUUGGGACAGUUGAAACUGAGUCUUCAGUUCAAGGAUCUGGAUUGACCAGGGCUCAGUCUCUAAACCAUAGAAUGACUCAGGAUAGGCAAGAGUCUCUGAAUGGCAUGGAUAGUCCACAUUUGGGUGCGGUAUCUCUGGAAGACCGCUUUGACUCCAUGUACCUUAGGCCCGGAGGUGUCUGUAACCAACAGGACUCCACUUUCGGUGCUUCUGCCUUUCAAGCCACUCAAAAUAAACUUGACUUCUCGUUUACCAAAAACCAUCUUGAAGAUAACAAAGGGGAAGUCAUCCAAGAGAAUACCAUUGACUUGAGUGAUACAGCUCGUUAUGGAGGGCCUUUUAGAAACUCUCUUGGUUUUGGUCAACAUCCAAACAAGAGUGAGCAACAUUCAAGAGAUUGUCUUGAAGUCAAGUACCUCUCUAAAAUGCUACAUCAGAAUGGGGAAGGUGAGCAAAGCAAUAUUUGGAAUCAAGUACACUGUCCUGAAGAUAUGGAACAGGACUCCCAACAAGGUGCCAAUGCUACUCAUAGUGUUGUCUACCAGAAUGAGGAUGGGAAAUGGGUGACCGAUUUAGCCUACUAUUCCUCUUUUGAAAAGGAAACAGAUAUGCCUAAUGACAUUGCAGACCAGCUGCAGUCUGAGGAUUUUGUUGGUGGUUGUGAAGCUAUGGAAAAGAUUAUUGAGGAUCAGCAGGAGUUUGAGAAAGAACACAGAUUCAUGCAGGAGGAACAGAUAGAAACAGUCAAUAGAAGUGUGCUUCUUGGUGACACUUCUUGGAAACUUCCCACUAGCAGCGACAUUCUGAUGAGAGCCUCCCAAGUCUCAAAUGAGUUUGAGAAGGGGAACCAAAGUUAUUUGCGUAUUUCCCUGGGGGAAUUUUUUCAGCAGAGGUCUGAGGCUUUGGGCUGUUUAGGGGGCACUGAAGAAAACAUUAAAAGGCCUUCAUUUGGAUACAUCAUCAACUCUCCAGAGAAGAGAGAGCCCUUUGCUUUGAUCCGGCCCUCUGAUUUCUCUUCCAGAGGAAGUUCUGUUCAAAAUGAAACCAUUCAGCUUAGUGAUGCAGAUGGAACCAUGAAUCCAGAGGAUUUGGAGAAGACUCUUGAACCUACACCAGCAGAACAGCCGUACAAGGGUCAUCCACACCCAGAUGUCAUUCAGACUCCCUCUUUGUCACUGGAGCAUAAGGAGAAUUCCAGUCAAAGUUCUGAAACAAACUCCAGUGGAAGUUUAACACUUAGCAUCAGCACAAUUGCAUCAGCUAUUGCAGAUGCCUCCAUCAGCUCAGAUCCUGCCCAGCUUGCAGCAAUGAUUGUGGAAUUGUCCAAAAAGAGGCACUCCAAGAGUAGAAAGGCAGAUGAGCUUGUUCAGACCCCUGACCUUGGAAAACUUUCUGAACAGGAUGAUCUUAAGAGAACCUUAUCUCUGGGUGAUCUGAGUGCUCUUGACAUGGAGAAAUACCUAAAGAAAGCAGAAGUAUCUAGCAGUGAUAGUGAUGCUUCCAGCUCCCAGUCUUGUCUUGACAUUCUCAGCCUGGCUGACAGUCUGACUAACUCUGGCAGACCUACACAGAGACAGAGUCCUCUUCUACCAAACAUCAGUCUUCCUACAGAAGACCAUUCAACUUCAAAAGAUAAUGUGAAGACAAGUCAUGUUUUACAGAACAAUUCGUUUGAGAACUCUACAGAGGUUGGGUCAGAAGUUAAAAGAUCAAAUGCAAGAAGAAGCUCUAUUCCACGACCGAAGACUAGCAGCUGCAUUCCGACUGCCACAGCUCACCCAGCCAGGAGAUCAGCGAGUGCAGGACAGGUGUUGACAACUUCAGCUGUAAAACCUAAAUCUGUGCAAAGCAAAUCAGAAAGAAAUGACUGCCCCAUACCAACAACUGCAGUAAACAGGAGUUGCCCAGACUCCAGGGACAAAACUAGCACAGCUCAAACAAAGGUUUCUGAAAUGCGUCACUCUUUUAAAAGUAAUGAUUUAAUAUCAAACUCAUUACCUGUCCCCAAAAACUCAGGAUUUGACACUGAUGAAUGUUCACGAUUGCCUACACUAAGGAGCUCACCACAUACACCUAGGAAUAAAAACUACAUGACGCAGAGGGAGACCUCAGAAGAGGAACGUUUACUUAGGAGUCCAAGAACCACACAGUCUAUUGCAAAAGACAAACAGACUCUUGUUGGACCAAGUUCUUUUUCCUCCACAGACAAAAAAUUUGUCUCACCUGAGCGCUGUGCCUCUGGUAUUGUGGAGACUAGCCAUUGCACUUUUAGACCGUCCACCUCUCCGCUUACUCAUUCAAGUCCAAGCCAAACUUCUCUGCCUAGUGGAUAUGGAGACAUGUCUCCUUCCUCUAGCAGUGGGGUGUGUGAGAGAAGUCCUACAACUGACCCACUGUCACCUCAGUCUCAUUGUUCUAGUCCAUCAAUCAGCAGACUUACCUACCUUUCUAUUAAUGAGAACACUACACUUCCUACACCUAAUCAUCAACAGAAAACUAACUCCAUGUCCCUGAGUACCACUAUCAUUAGAGCAAGUCCUACCCCACCAAUGGAACCUGAUGAUGCCACAAAGCCUAUCCAUCAGACCCAUAAUGAAGACCUGAGUUCACAAUCAUCUUGUCAUGCUGAAACCCCUGGCCCAAAUCAGCCUGUCUCAGGACAUGGCUCACACAUCCAAACUGAGUACAACAUCCACAAGGACUUCAGGCAUGAAUGUGGACCAGUGAGUCGCCAGUCCGAGUCUCGGAUAAAUCUGUAUGCUCGGGUUGACUCUGGUUAUUCCAGCAACCUCAACAUAAAUAGUCAGCCUGGUGGACCAGUGGAGCAGAAUAUUACCCAAGUUCCUAACACCCAUGGGACAGGGGGUGAGGCUGUCCAUGGCUCACAAUAUGCUCCUCCCCCUACCUCUUACACAUCUGAGCACUUGAGAUAUGGUUUGGCCCCAAACUCCCAGGGUACUUUGUCAGAUCUAACUUGUGGUGUACCAACCCUUCAACCUGGUCGGUCACUCUUCACCACUCAGCUUCCACAGCAGUACUUGGGCAGAGAUGCAUCUUUGCAGGCUUCAUCCUACCCUAUAGGGCCGCUGACUGGACCGUACAGUGUGCCAACUGUUAUAUCUGGUACUAAUCCACAUAUUGCACAUACACAUGUCCCUGGAUCAACAGGUUUAUCAUCUGUUUAUAUAACUGCUGGCCAACAUCAGUACCCGCUCAGCAAACCUUAUGGACAGCCCAGCAUGGCGUCGUGGUCAGCACGAGAUUUGGCUGAUCUCAGAAGCCAAGUGAUUGUCCCAGAUGAGCUGAAGUUCCCUGGUCCAUGUUGUGUGGGCAUUGCCUGCCAAACUUCGCUCAGCAUCUUUAACCCCUCAGAACGUUGGCAACAGGUGGCCAUAUCUAUAGUAAAUCUGUCCAUCGAUGGAGAAAAGGUGGAUUCACUGCUGUACCAGUGGCUGAUUGUGAAGAAUAAGACUAUAAUUGGACCUAAAAGCACAGAGGAACAAAAGGUGCUGUUGAUUGCUCCAAAACCUGGACUGUACCAGUGUACUCUCAGUGUGUCGUCUUGGCCCGCUUCUGCUGAGAGUGACACAGUGGCACAGGCUGAGGCCUUUGCCAAGAAAGUAGUACUCAUCGCAGUUGCUGAGAACCCAACAAUAGAAGUUGAGGUUGGAAAGACUGGCUGCCUGGACUUCGGAGACCUGGCAGGAGGCAGUGUUCGGUCCCUGCCGCUUAAAAUGGUGAACAGGACUCGAGCAACUGUGCCCAUUCGUUUAGUUAUAAGUGCGAAUGCCUCGGCUUGGCAUUGCUUUAGCUUCUCCAAGAGUCCUGUCACUAUGACAGCAGAUGGUUCUCUGCAUUCUGGUGGAAAUUUUACUUCCAUUUCAGUCAUUAACCAUGUGAUGCAUUCCAGCAGUGGGGAUAAUUCUGACAGCUUUAUAGUGUGGGUUCACUUUAAUGCACCUCAGCGAUUCAGUGCAAAAUUAGUUGAAUUAGGCCCACCCGAUGAAUUCAGUGCUCGUGUGGAUAUUGAGUUGGACAGCCCUGGACCCAGUCAUGUAAUUCAAAGUGUUGCUCUCAGAGCGAGGUCAGGGACAGCCAGAGUUCAUGCUCCCAAAGAUCUGCAGACUGUUUGUCUUCAGUGUCCAGUGGGACAGUCAGCCAGCCAGACUUUGCCAUUAAAGAAUGCAGGCAACAUUGAUGUCCAACUGAGGCUAAAGAGUAAUGACAGUGACAACUGUUUCAUGGUGAAGCCUGAAGAGCUACUUCUCCGAACUGGAGAGGAACAGGAAGUCAUUGUUACCUUUACUGCUCAGAGCAUCAGAAAAUGUAAAGAGUGUCUGCUGACAAUUUUUGUACUGCCCAGUGGGCCACAGUAUGAGGUUAUGCUAAAAGGAGAGGUGGUCCAUGGGAAUUCUGGGAAUGUGAAAUCUGCUCAAGUCUUAGUUCCCCAUGGUGAAGUGCCACCGAUCCUCUCCAACAAGCAGUUCAUGGCUUGGGGAGGAGUCACUUUAGGCAGAGCUGUUCAGCAGAAGCUGGUACUAAGAAACAACUCCUCUACUACAUCACAGCAGCUACGAUUACUUAUCAGAGGUCAGGACCAGGACUGCUUUCAGUUGCAGAGUUCUUUUGGCCCUGAUGAGCGGUUGACUCGUAGCAGAGAGCUAGUAAUUAAACCUAAAGAAGAUGUGGCAGUUCACCUUCUUUUUGCUCCCACUCGUGUUGCUUCUAUGCUGGCCAAGCUUGAGAUUAAACAGUCUGCUGUGCGACUUUCUCAGCCUGGAGUCAAAUUCACUAUUCCCCUUUCUGGUUAUGGAGGCACGAGCAAUGUUAUUUUAGAGGAUUUAAGGAAACGUUCUGAUGGAUAUGUGGCUACACUGAGCAGCAUUCAGAUUGGCAGAGUCAGCAAACUGUGUGUGUGCGUGAGAAACACUGGCUCCAGAGCUGCAUUCAUUCGAGCUGUGCCAUACAGCGACCUGGAGAAGCGCACAGUCAUGGACUCUGCAGUGAUCAGCCUGUCACCUUCACAAUUUAUAUUGAAAGAAAGGACUCAAGAGGUGAUUACAGUAGUGAUGAAAGCAUCCUGUAGGGAGCAGGCUCUCUGCCAGUCACAAACUGCUCUUCUUGCUACUAUCUGUCUCUUUUGUGGAGAUGAGGUCUCCCGCCAACAAUUCAGAAAGUUAUUACGAAUCCAACCUGAUGUAGGCAAGAAAGUAUUGUCUGAAAACAGCUUACUGAAGAGCAUCUCCUUUGAUGAGCCUUUUCUUGGUGAAGAACUGGUUCAGGAAACCUAUGACCUUCCCCAGAGGCCGAAUGAGGCUCAGAUUUUCUAUGGACACAUGAGUAAGGUUAUCCUGUCGCUACUGGGUACAGUGGAAGCCUCUGAUUCAGGAGAGAGUGAACAUGUUGAGUUUGUGCAGGCCUUACAGCACCAUGCCACUGAUUCAGACAGUGGUCUGGGGACUUCAGAGCGUCACUUCAGUAAUGUUUCCCUGGAUGUUCUACCAGUAAAAGGGCCACCACUAUGUGCACCGGUUCCUGUGCUGAAACGAACUGUGUCUUCUGUGGAUAACAGCUGGAGUGUCCAGCCUGAACAGCUGGUCCUUACAGCACCCACUAUCACUGGUGCCGCUGAUACCAAGCAUGUGCGGAUCCUGAAUUGUUCAGAUCGUGAACUGAGAUUUGAGCUCUCCUGGCCUGCCCACUGCCUGACAGUCACCCCACAACAUGGCAUUAUUGAGCCCCAGAGCCAUUUACAAAUUCUAAUAAGUCCAAACCCAUCACUGGCUACCAAAGCUUCAAUGCUUCCAUGGAGUGGCCAGAUUUAUGUCCAGUGUGACAAUCAGCAGAAGUUUAUCAGAGUUCAGAUCCGUCAGGACCUGGCUAUGGACAUCUCUGCUGCUGGCUCAUCCUCAGACCGCUCCCUGUGCCCCCUGCCACCCCAGGCAGAGACCCCUGUAGGUGCAGGAAUCAAAGCCCAGUGCAGCAGCCCUCAGACUAGCGUGGAAAUUAAAAACCGCACAGUGGUGUUUCCCUCCACCUGCUCUGGAGAGUCCUCGGAAUGUUCGAUAGAAGUGGAAAACCAUGGGGAGGAAGUUAGGUGGUACCUUUCAUCUUUUGCACCUCCAUAUGUCAAGGGUGUAGAUGGAAGUGGAGAUGUUUAUCGGGCCACGUAUACAGCUUUCAGAUGUGAGAGAAUGUCAGGGAUGCUUGGGGUCAAAGACAAGAUGCAGGUGCCAUUUACGUUUCUUCCGCGGGAUGGAGGAGAUUAUGCUCAGUUUUGGGAUCUUGAGUGUCAUCCAGUGACCAAGCCACAGCAAAAGAGCCGAAUCCGAUUCCAGCUCUGUGGCACGGGCAUAAGAGCAGGUCCAGGGACAAGCCAUAAAGAAGACUGUACUCUAUUGCGGACAGAUGUUAAUAUGAAGAGCAGAAAGAGGGUGGAAUCUGCAGUCUCAAAAAACGGUAUGGAGUCCUCCAGGAGAGGAGUGUAUGCCCCUCAGAGUCUCUACACGUUCCCUGCCACACGUGUAGGUGAAGUCAGCACAUUGAAGGUCAACUUCCGCAACAACUCUGCUAAUACACACGAGCUAAGAUUUUUAAGUCCUUCAGAGCCUUUCUACAUCAAGCAUUCAAAAUAUUCUCUAAGGACACAGCAUUAUAUUAAUCUGCCUGUGCAGUUCAAGCCAACUGCUGUAGGCCUGUUUUCCAGCUUGCUGCUUGUUCAGACAGACACAGAUGUUAAACUCAGCAUAGAGCUCUCCGGCGAAGCUUUACCGUAACAGUCACCCUUGCUGAUUUAAAUAUUUCAUCCAUUUUCUUUUCAAUUGAAGUUUGUGUGAAGCCUAAAGUUGGAUAAAUAUUUUAAGUGGAUGUUUUGUGAUGCUCCUCUUCAACAUCACACAAUAAAUUUAUUAGGUGUUUUUUAAAAUGCAGGUUAGACAUUACAUUUAGCAUAAGCUCUGAUAUUGCACUAACCCAGUAUGCCUAAAGAGAAGCCAGUACCAUUAAUUAGGCCACUGGUUUUAUCUAUGCUAUGUUUGACACCAUGUGCUGACUUGAAGAGGUACAGCGAAAAAUACCUUUUUAUAUUGAACACAAACACUUGUAAAUUAAAAUGUACUAUGGCAUAGGUUACUUCCAAUCCAGACAUCACUAAUACAAUAUGAUCUGUCUAAAAUUGGGAAUUGAAAUCCUAAAUUUGUUGAACACUUUGUACAACAUUAUGUAAAUGUAUUAUUUGUGUUAUUUAUUUUAAAAUUCUAAAUAAAGAUUUGUUCAUGUUGGA